UUUAACCUUGAAAUAUAUGUCAAGUAAGCAGUUGCUGCCAAUUGUAAAAACGGGUGAGAAUCCUUUCUUAGUUUUUGUGUGAUUUGAAAAUUUUCUAACAAGUUAAUCACUAAAAUGGUACACACUUGUUGUGUACCUGGGUGUAAAUACCAAUACAUUAAAGGAGUUAAUGUAAAAAUGCACAGAUUUCCAAAUGAUCCUACAUUAAAAAGACAAUGGCUGAAAGCAAUGAAGGGAGCUAACGGCCAUUAUCAUCUACGAAAAGGUGACGUUAUUUGCAGUCAACACUUUAAACGCAAAUGUUAUCACUUAGGUGGUGGCAAAUUUUCACUCAAGAAAGAUGCUGUUCCAACCAUUUUCCAUGAAUCAAAGAGUAUUAGACCUCUUGACAUAACAAGCGAUGAAACUGAUGAAACUAGUUCAAGCGAAGCUUUUGAAGAAUGUAUAGUGUUUGAUCUUGAAGAUGAAGAACAUGAAGAUGUAGAAUAUGUGGAGGAAGAAGAAGUAAAAGAAGUAGAAUAUGUGGAGGAAGAAGAAGCAAAAGAAGAAGUAGAAUAUGUGGAGGAUGAAGGAGUAAAAGAAGAUGUAGAAUAUGAAAUUUGCUAUGCAAACCCACCUGAACCCACAAAACAGCCGCAUUUUGUCGGUGAUUUUAUGUAUGAAGAUUUAGAAGAUCCAGUACAGAGGAGGAAGUUUUGGUGGAUGAGCCAAAGAGUUAUUGAUGAUCAAAGCAGGAAGAUUCAGUAUUAUUGCGGGAGAAUACGAGAGCUCGAAAAACAAACUGAACGUUUACAGAAAAGAUUAGAUGGGUUGCCAGAGGUUGAAAUUAUUGAUGUUAAUAGUGGCAAACAGUCACAGAGAUUGAUUUUUACCCCCAAGAAACAAUACCUAUAGAAUUAAUAUAGGCAAUUCAAUAUACAUGAAAUAUUUAUAGUGUGUUCAGAAGUGAUGAUACUAAUGUUUAAAAGUUUAAUUCCAUUACAUUUGUUUCUUUUUAUAACGAAUAACGUUAAUAUUGGUAUAAAAAAACGUUUAUUUUAUUAUAUUUACCUUUGAAAAUACAA